UGCACUCGGGCUCAUCUCUUUCUGCGACCAUUUCGAUUUGCCUUUACAGUUGGAGAAUAUGGAAGAGAAAAUUGAGGGCAGUCUCCACUUUACACCAAAUGAUUCAUUACUUCAGUGGAGCAAAUGGCAAUUGCUUGAUUCUGUUCUUCCUACUGGUGGCUUUGCUCAUUCUUUUGGCCUUGAGGCUGCUAUUCAAGCCCGGGUAGUCUCUGGGCCUGAAGACCUUCGAACAUUUGUGAUCCAUAUACUUGAGAAUACAGGAAGCUUAUUGCUUCCGUUCGUCUAUACUUUGAAUACAUCUCCUAAUGUUGAAACAUGGUAUAAACUUGAUAAAAUAUUAGACGCAACACUGACUAAUGAAAUUGGUAGGAAAGCAUCUAUUUCACAAGGAUCAGCUCUUCUGAGAGUAGCUGCUGCUGUGUUCCAGGAAGUUCCUUAUUUUAAAACUAUGCGAGAUAUGUCCUUGGCUAGCGGAGCUGUCCGUUUCCACCAUGCUCCCAUUUUUGGAAUAGUCUGUGGGCUUCUUGGAUUUAAUGCUGAAACUUCUCAAAAGGCUUACAUGUUUAUAACGAUGAGAGAUGUUGUAUCAGCUGCAACAAGGCUCAAUUUGGUUGGACCGCUAUGUGCAGCUGUUUUGCAGCAUCAGAUUGCUGCAAGUGCAGAAGAAUUAUCAAAGAAAUGGAUGAAUCGUCCUGUAGAGGAAGCGUGUCAGACUAGUCCAUUGCUUGAUACUGUCCAGGGUUGUCAUGGUUAUUUGUUCUCGAAGCUUUUUUGCUCUUGAAUGGCGAAACUGGAGAUUCAAGAUACAGGGGUUGGGUGGAUGAGAAAGUUAUUGAUCCUAAUCUACAAUUCCACAAAUAAUUGUUGAGAACAUUUCAAGCUUGUGCUUUUGCCUGGUUAAAAUCAGACGCACCAACCACUGUGAAGGUUUAUCUUAGAGCUGCCGGAGCUAUAUGGUUUUCACACUUUAAAAUUAUGAUUGUUUCUCGUGAUUGACAUCUCCAGACUUGAUCUACAGGCACCUGCACUUCAAGAAAGCAUUAUUUGGGACACACGGGGCUUUACGAAUAUGUUUAUUUACAAGAGAGCAUUUCCAGUUCAAGAAAGUUUUGCUGAUGCUUGCAGAUAUUUCUUCAUUAUGAAGAGAAAGUACAAGGAUGUUAGAGCUGCAAUCAGCUAGGCCAGCAAAGACAUAUAUUGUUGGAUGUUGAAUCUUGUGAAAAUACUUGCUAAGACUCCAUUAAUGGAGCUAAGAAGAGGAGAAGGAUCAAAAUUAUAACUGCUUCUUAAACUUGUGUUACAAUCUGAGAUUUGUGAGAUGUUGUGCCUUAUAUAAGCUGUGAAAGGGAUACAAAAUAUCUAAUAACCAUCUCUUUCUAGAACAUUCUAUUUGACA